GCCUUGAGAAUAUUUGCAGUUGAGAACACAGUUGAAGUACUUUAUUUUCUUAUCGAGCCAUCAGGAUAUUUUGGAUUAGCGUAGCUGCGUCUAUUUCUAUUGUGACAGUAAUUUUUAUCGCUCAACAUGGUAGUGAAAGUUUACAUCUCAGGGAUAUCGGGAAAUAAAGAGGUAAAAAAGAGGCAGCAAAGAGUAUGCAUGAUUUUGGACAGUAAAAACAUAACAUAUGAGGUUAUAGACAUCACGGAACCGGGGAAGGAGGCUGAAAAGGAGUUCAUGCAACAAAACAGUGACGCCAAAGAUGCCAAGCACCCCCUGCCUCCACAAAUAUUCAAUGGUGAAACCUACUGCGGAGAUUAUGAUGAAUUCGACCUUGCUAAUGAAAAUGAUGAACUAGAGAAAUUCCUGAAAGUACCAGUUUCCUCACCGGCAGCCGGCACAGUCAAUGUUGAGAACGGACAUGUGGCUAAUGGAAAUACAUCUAGUCGAGAUAACUCAGCAGAAAAGGAUGCCGGAGACCAGCAAGUUCCUGAAAGAUAUGGCAGUGUUGAGAAGCCAAGGUUGUUCUUUCAGCUUAAGAUCCAUAUCACUUAUCAACGGAAUGUGAUAAGAGAAGUAGAAAAGUGUCCGAUAUGUUAGUCUAACCAAUAAAGGAAGAGACCGGAGAAGGAAAGAAUUUAGAAGAUGAGGAAUCUGAAGAGGAAGAAGAGUGAAAUUAUUAUAAUGCCUCAAGUGCACGAGUGGCUAUAAACUUCUUUCAUUUAUGUAUUUCUACCCUGUUCAGUUGAAUUUCGCUUAAAACACAAUGAGGACUUUGUAUGCUUUGAUACACAUUACUUUAAGAAGAAGGAUCAUAUCUUUACACUCAGAAAAUAUCUCAUGAGAGAAUAGUGUGUAAAAAAUUUUCCCCGAAUUAUUUUAUAUGGAAUAAGCUCCUGUGUCAAUUGUUUAAGUACAACCCUUUUUACAAUUUUAACUUAACUGAUUUAUUGCCUUUUGUAACAGUAGUUGGCCUAAAUCAUAUUUGUAUCAUUGCAAGUUUACUUUUAUAUUUAAGGCUUAAACUAUUAGAAAUUAGUAAUUUAGAAUGAUGAUACUGUUUUCCUGGUGUAAUUUAAAUAGAGUACUGGCUAAUUAAAAAUUAACUGUUGAAUAUAUAUUACCUUAAGCAUAUUACAACAUUAGUUAAUUAAUCUGGUGAACUGAUGUUAAUGUCAAGAAUGUAAUUACUAUCUAAAUAAUAUUAGGAAUGACAUUUUACCAUGAAUAUUUUCUUGGCAUUUAUUCGUUUUAUUGCAUUGAGCAAUGUAUUUGUUCAUAAUUCAAACCUCAGUCCUCACAUUUUGAGAAGUAUUAACAGACAUUUAAUACUAGUUUUGAAACUUAAACUAAUUUAAUGUAUAUUCAAAUAUUAUGCGUACAAUUUGUAUGCUGAUUUCACUGUCAAUUUUCUGGACAAAUAAUAAAUUAAGUUAUGAAAUUUAAAUAUUAAAUUGGACUAAACGGCAAUAAUUGCAAAUAAUUUUGCUCUAUAUAUUAAUUGGAUUCGUUGAAAUUCCUCUGUCAAGGUGUCAGUUGUUUUAUAGUCUAAGUAUAUUUAAUCCUAAUAAUAUGUUUUGUGGUGCUUGCUUUGUUAUUAAGACUAUUCGUACAUUUCACUUAACUGAUCAGUGCAUUAGGACUGUCACUUAGAUACAAAUAGAAAUGAAAAAUGUAAUGUUUUUUCCAUUCUUUCAUGUGUCAUCCAUAUAAAAAAUUAAUUACAUGAUUGUUCAUUGUAAAUUAGACAACAUAUUGAGUGUAUGAAUGUGUGUAUUUUACUAAAUUAUAAUAUAUAAUAAAGGAGAACUGUACAUUUUUAUAUAACUUGUAAUUAACCGCUCAUAAAAAUGUUUUGUGAAAUUUUAAUUUAUAGAGAUUCAGUGGAUCUCAACCUUGCUAUGGAUUUGAAAAUUAUAAACCUUGUUAUUUAUGUGGAUUUUAUAGUUUAUUAUGGUUUAAAAGAAUUAAAUACUACAGUGUGUGCUUUUAAAUGCAUGUUUUAUAUUUUAUAUACAUACUACUUUUGAAUUUUUUCAAGACAAAGUUUAAAAAAAUAUUGUAUUACUGUAAUAGAAAUAAGUGUUAUGAGCAUGUGUAUCACUUACUGUAAUUCAAUACAAUACACUGUCAUGCUGUUUCUUGUAUGAAAUAAAGAACAUAGAAUAGAAGCCUCCACUGCCAUGACAAGGCUUAAUAUAUUGCUACAAGUUCUACAGUGGUUCCUAGUAAAAAGUAUCUACAUUUUGAAAAGAAUUUUCUCUAUACUUUAACAUAUUUCUAGUGAAAAUAUGUGUUUUCAUUACUUUUUUACAUUAGUUUUAACCAAAAGUUUAACUCAAAAAAUUAUCAUGUUAUGUUCAUGAGAUGUUUUUCACAUGUUAACAGGUUUUAAAAUUGACACUUUUCCUGGUUGUUAAAUAAAACUAUUUAGAGUAAGAUAUUUAUUUCUUCCUUCAUUACAAAUGUAUCAAAUAAUAUAAAAACUGUGUUAAAAUAAAAAAAAACAUUACAC